AUGAACGAUGUCGCAUCGCAUAAGUACGCCUCCAUAUUUGCGAAGCCACUAACGGAGCGGGACGCCCCGGGUUAUAAGAACCUUAUUUACCGGCCCCAAGAUAUCAAGUCUAUAAAAUCCGCCAUCCAUCAGGGAAGCAAAGCAGUGGCAGCCGCCACAGAGGCUGUAAAUACUCCAAGUGGAGAAAACGUCGAGUCUCCCGGCCCUCUCCAAGGACAUGGCACCCCGUCGAGAACCAACGGCUUGUUACUAAAAAGAACCGCAGAGCUGAUCCCUCCCAAGGGCAUCGUCAAUUCAGCGCAACUAGAGAUGGAACUUGUUCGAAUGUUCGCGAACGCGGUGAUGUUUAACCCAACGCCGGACAAGACUUUUGGUUCAUCUUUCCCGAUGCAGAGCAAUUGGACUUCUCGAGAGGGGUCACAGGUUUCGGAUAUGGAUGAGGGCGGUAUCAUCAAUGACACGCUGAAGAUGUAUGAUGAUGUGGAGAAGGCUGUAUCCCGGUGGCGCGCGGCGGAGCGGGCUGUCGAUGAUGUUGGUGGUAAAACGCGGAUGAAGUGA